CCUUCUGUUUAGUCUGAAAAUCCUAUAGCAACAACCUUUGUUUUGAGUUAAAUCAAUCCAAGUCAACGCAGAGGUACUUGGCAACGCAGAAGUCUCCACCAAACAAACUGUUAUUAUUAAACGAAUAGUCAGUAAACUAGCACGCUUUCGAGUUCCCUACCUUCAUCCUUACAUAUUUGCAUUACAAUGUCUCUGGUUUAUAUCACCCACCAUGAUGAGAAUAUUCUCGAGUGCGAGCAGGACUUUGAGAAGACCCAAGGACCUAAGGAAUCCAUUUUUGUCUACAAAAAUCCUGUUGUGGAGAGGGCAGCCAAUUAUGCCAGAAAACUUCGCGAACGCUUUAACGAGGAGGACAAGAAGCUAUCGGUUAUCCUGCAGAACGAUGGAACCCGCGUCCUGACAGAGGCCAAGAAAUCAGCCCACCGCACCAUGGGCUGUGCUCACACUCCGAUCGACCCACCGUGCGCCUACUUGCGGAAGAGCCAGGGCAUCAAAUGGCGGCGGGAGAACACCCACAAGUGUCCCAAGAUGCCGCCAAUGCCCCCACUACCACCACCGGGCAGUGGCGGCAAAAAGCCAGCCAUGGUACCCAACUUCAUCAAACGCAACAAGUUGUGUGCCGGACAGACGGUUCCCUGUCCCCCGCCACCGCGUUAUGUAGACACUCCCGUGGGAGCUCGUCACGAUCUACUCAAUUCCGGAUUGGUACCGCAGUUUAUCUGCCGCAAGGAUUUCGGCAAGGUUCCCGUUUACCUCAAGAAAACCAAGAGGAUGUUGGCCGACAUGAACGCGGUGUGUGCCAAGGAACAGGCACGUUUGCUGGAGCUGUGCCGCGGUAUCAAGGGUUUCACCAGGGCCUCCGUGCAAUCAAGUGGUCCGCCGCCAAUGCCGGGGAUGCGGGUGAUGGAGCAGGCCGAGCGAAAUGAGAUCCUCGAGGGACUGCGACUGAGCCUGACCGAGAUGACCAAGCAGUACCAGUCGAUGUCGCUUCUCAUCGACAGCAUCGCCAAGCGGCAGCGCAAAAGCAAGCUGGAGUCCGAUCUUCGCCAGGUGGAGCAGGACAUUCUGCUAAUCGAGACCACUCCCAUUAUCUACGUUUCCGAGUACUAACAAUGACACACCU